CAUCAUCGGCAAUCGGCAUCUGCCCAUCCGCCUGAAAACCAGGCAAUUGCUGGUGUGAGAGUCAUAAAACAAUUCAGGUCAGCACGAGAGGAAAAAGCCGAUAGUGCGAACACUAAUAGGAAGGGAAUAGACAAGCAAGAUAAUAAGAGAUUAGAGGAAUUUUGACUUGAGACGAUGAUGCGAAGAAGUGUUUCCCUUUCUGGUUUAAUGAGGCGGAGGCGAUGGAUGCCAAUGACUUCCACCCAAUGUCUGUCUGUCACGACAAGCCCUUCCCGUGUGCCCCAGACCAACAUUAUUUCGGAUGUGGCAAAAAUACCAACGAGACGGAAUCCUCCAUCGCUCCAAGUUUUGCCAGCUGUGAGAUGUUAUUCCACUACAGCUCCAUUGCUGCUGUCCAAUAAUGAUGGUACUGCCUCCGCAGACUCCGAGGAAAAGUCGUAUUUGAGGUCCUUGUAUCGCGACAUGGUUCGACAUGAAGGCAUGAAGGAAGAUCCCAUUCAAUUGCACACACUCCGAUCCCUGGAUCGUUUGCGACGAGAACUCAAACUCAUGAAACCACCCACUCAACUCAACCAACCCACUAGCACCACCACUACUACUACUGCAUCGUCUUCUUGGUCCUCUUGGUUUGGCAGUAGUUCUACUUCUACAGAAGAUGAUACUACCAACAGCAACAAUUCACCUCAUCUGCCCAAAGGCAUAUAUCUGCACGGUGGUACAGGGACUGGCAAGACCAUGCUGAUGGAUUUGUUUUACGAUUCCAUUACACCGGAAGAAGGACUCCCCGAAUGGAGCAAGACCAAACAAAAGGUCCAUUUUCACAAAUUCAUGUUACGAGUCCAUUCCCAAAUGCAUCAAGCACGCUAUAGCUUCACCAAACAAGAACAAAAUGUCGCCGAUGCCAUUAUCCCUGCGGUUGUACGCGACACACUACAGAACCACGGUCGUCUCAUUUGCUUUGACGAAUUUCAAGUCACCGAUGUGGGAGAUGCCAUGAUUUUACAACGACUUUUUACGGGCCUUUGGCAACAAGGAUGCGUCGUGGUGGCCACCAGCAAUCGACCACCGCGGGAUCUCUAUUUGAAUGGUCUGCAACGCGAUCGGUUCCUUCCCUUUAUUGAUUUGCUCGAAGAACAAUGCGACGUCAUUUCCAUGGUCGAAUCGGAUAUCGAUUAUCGAUUGCUCAUGAGUGAAAUGAGAGAAAGUGCCGUCGCCGCCGGGGAAUUGCAGCAAGUGUAUUUUAGUAGUGGCGAGGAACGUACCGAUUAUGACGAGUUGUUUCUCAAACUCGUCGGUGGAACCAAAAACGUGCAAUCCACGACGCUCAUGACAGAAGAUGGUGGGCGUCGUGCGGUGCAUGUGAAGGAGGCCAGUCUCAAGGACAAGGUGGCACGAUUUUCUUUUCGAGAUCUCUGUCAAAAGGCACUGGGAGCAGCCGACUAUUUGAUCAUGGGACAACACUUUCACACUAUUUUUGUUCAUGAUAUUCCACCGCUCACGCUCCAACACAUUAAUUGGGUCCGACGAUUCAUUACCUUUGUCGAUGCCAUGUACGAGAGAAAGGUCUUGUUGGUACUGCAGGCAGCGACUCCUGUGGAUCGGAUCUUCACCGUGGACGAAAAUUAUCAUGCACAAGAUGACGAAGUGUUUGCAUUUGAUCGGACGCGAAGUCGAUUGGAAGAAAUGAUGUCGGAAACGUACAUGAAUAAACGUGAAUGGAAGGGUGCCGACAUGAGCAGUGCGGAACGAAAGAGACUCAUGCAACUGUUGCAACCCACGUUGGCCGAAGAAGAGGGGGCGGCAUAGCCACGAAUGCAAAUACCAAGCUCCUAAUUUUGGUUAGAAGUAAUGAUAGAAAAGAAAUAGUUACUUUUG